AUGGCGUCUUCAUCAAGCAAGAGACCAAGAAGUGAAGAUGACCAAGAAGAAGAAGAAGAAACCCAUUUCAAGAAGCACAAAUUCGAUCUUAACAAAGAACCAGAACCCGAAGAAGAAAUCGACCUGAACAAAGAAGCACAAGUAGAGGAAGAAGAGAACGAAGAACACAUCGACAAAGAAACAGAAGAACAAGAAGCUGCAUUCGCUUUAAGCCACAUUAUGUUUCUACGCGACAUAACAGAGGAGGAAGAAGAAACAGAGCAUCAAGAGAAAAGCUUGGACUCUGUUUUAUGGUUAGACGAAAAAGAUAAAGAGCGAUGGACUAAGAAGAAUAAACACGAAGAAGCUGAGAAAGAAGAAUGGGACAAGAGGAUGAAGUUCAUAGCGAAAAGCAAAGAAGAAGAAGAAGACGAUUCCGAUUCAACUUUAGGUUUACUUCGCCGAUGGAAUAUUCCGGCGAUUCCACCGGAAAAUAUUAUAAAACGAAACUUGAUUGAGAAAUGCAGCAAACCGAUUCGUAAGCAAAUGACGAAGAGAGAAGGAAAACAGAGCUUCUUUUUCUUGAAGUUAGGGUUAUCGAAAUCGCAAGUGACGAAAAAGUUUCUUCCUUUUCUUGAAGAAACAAAGAUUCAACAAAGGGAAGAUGGAAUUAGGGUUUCUGUGUAUGGACCAGAUGGGAAAGUUCAUGAGAUGAAGAUGUAUCUUAAUGAGAAGAAGAACGAGCUUGAUUUGACGUUUGGAUGGAGGAAAUUCGUUGAAGAUUAUGAGCUUAAGGAGAUUUGUGAUUUCGUUACGGUUUGGAUGUUUAGACACAAACAGAGUCGUGAGAUUUGCUUAGCUAUUGACAAAACAAGGCUUUCUUUUAGGAAACAGGUCAGUAAGAGGAUCUCUAAGGCUGUUUUCGAUGAUUCAGAUUAG